UAAGAUUGCAGGCAGUGUGUCCACCUCUGUUCCCACGUGACAUGCGCCAAUAUAUAGCCGGACAUUUUUCGAGAGUCUUUAGAGUCUUUAGAGUAGCUAGAGUCGUUGGAGCCAUGGAUGUUCCUGCGGCUGCCUGGCCUGUAUUCCUUUGUAAACUCUGUCGGGGGUGUCGACUCUCCACCCGCUUAUCAAACGAUGCUCUUCUGAAAUAUUUUCCUUCUACCUCUGUACAUCCUGGGCCAUCUUUUACAGCCAACUUAUCAACAUCAGCACCAAGUCCAGGAAAGAAGUGUACCUUCCGAAACAACUUUCAUAUGAAAGUGCAAUAGAUGCUUUUGCAUCAGUGAAGACAAGACACGAGAACCUGUGUUUCUACCAAAAAGUUCUAUUUUGGUUUCAUCACAUCAUAACACAUUCUCCCAGUCCUCUUCUGGAUCAUCCAAAUACUCUCAAGCGAACCGCAGAAGGGCCUGGACGUGUACUUUCUUCAGCAGGGGAACACCUCUGACAGUGCAGGAUUUGAGUCCCAGGUGGCGCAUUGUGUUACUGAUAGUAGCCUUUGUUACUGUGGUCCCAGCUCUCUGUAGGUCAUUCACUUGGUCCCCCCGUGUGGUUCUGGGAUUUUUGCUCACCGUUCUUAUCAUUUUGACGCCACGGGGCGAGAUCUUUCAUGGAGCCCCAAAUCGAGGGAGAUCGAGGGAGAUUAUCAGUGGUCUUGUAGGUCUUCCAUUUUCUAAUAAUUGCACCCACAGUUGAUUUCUUUACACCAAGCGUUUUACCUAUUACAGAUUUAGUCUUCCUAGCCUGGGGCAGGUCUACAAUUUUGUCUCUGCUGUCCUUCGACAGCUCUUCGGCCUUGGCCAUAGUGGAGUUUGGAGUGUGACUGACUGAGCUUGUGGACAGUGUCUUUUUAUACUGAUAAUGAGUUAAAACAGGUGCCAUUAAUACAGGUAACGAGUGGAGCCUCGUUAGAAGAAGUUAGACCUCUUUGACAGCCAAAAAUCUUGCUUGUUUGUAGGUGACCAAAUACUUAUUUUCCACUCUAAUUUGGAAAUAAAUUCUUUAAAAAUCAAACAAUGAUUUUCUGUUUUUUUUCCACAUUCUGUCUCUCAUGGUUGAGGUUUACCCAUGUUGACAAUUACAGACCUCUCUAAUCUUUUCAAGUCGAAGAACAAUUGGUGGUUGACUAAAUACUUAUUUGCCUCACUGUAGCUUGCAUUGUAGCAGUGUCUGGUUGUGUCACUCAUGAUGUGUUGCCCCACCACGACUCACUGGUGGUUCUUGGCCUGAGAUGUUACUUCAGCCUUUAAAGUUCUGUGCUGAGUGAGCAUCACACACUAAAUGUAUCUCGUAGCGUUAGUAUAGCAUUCGCGUUAACAUUAGGCUAAUGCUAACGGCGAGCAAUCUCGGACCAAAAAAUCUCGGGCAACUUUUUUUUUUUUUUUUUUUUAACAGGAGUAUUUUUAAAAAAUAUAUAUUUAUAGACUAUAAAAAAAUUUUUAGUAAAUGGCGACUAAAACUAGAUGAAAUUAGUCGAGUUUAUCUAAACAAAAUCUAGACGGACACAUUUUGAGAUGACUAUAUGUCUUAUCAUCCAAAAGACAGACGAAAAUUAAAAAGGCUUCAAAAACAAUAGUUUUCAAUUAAUACAUUUUCACUUGUACUUGAGUACAUUUUUGAAUGCCUCUUACUUUUUCAAUAUUAUGUAGAAUAUUAUGUAGAAGUAAUGCUACUCGAUUUUGAGUAAAAAAAAAAGGUCUAUUCUAGUGUAAAGCGCUUUGAGCGCCUUGAAAGGUGGAAAAGCGCUAUAUAAGUAUAACACCAUUUACCAUUUACCUUCCUCUGGUCAACAUUACUAGCUAAAUGGAUACAUAACAAUUCAUGUUAAAAAUGUGUUUUUGUCUACCUGCAUUCAUUAUCCAUGCAAAUAAUUGUGAAAGAGACAAGUGCGAGUAAGUGUUUAUUCUUUUGACAUCGAACACAACAAAAGCACCACAUUACUAGCGGUUAGGCUAGUCAUCAUCAACUCACUAUUUCAUCCGUUUUGCUACUUUACAGCUUCAAAAACGUGUUCGUUUGCAUGCAAAUGUCAGUAUGUCAAAGGUUAAACAAUGGUAGACACUGAUUACCGGUUAAUACUUUAUUCCUAAGAAAGGCGUGUAACAUAUACGACGGCUACAAUGCAUAUUGAUAUAUUUUUUUGGAAUAGGCUAUUUGGCAAAGAUGGACGCAGCAAGUGGAAGGCAUUAUUGUUCCCAGAAUCUUGACUUUUGAUAGAAAGCGGAACCAGGUAUGAGGUAAUUGUGCCACAAAUUGGCAGUAUUUGGACAUCCGCUUAGCAGUUUAAGCUAGCGAGGCACGACGUGUUGCCGCACAAUCAAACGAUGUCGUUGAUAAAAAAGUCACAGGAUGGCUGUAAAACAGACAAAAAGUGGUUUUGUUACAUUUAUAUCAAUGCUACUAAUGCUAUAAAUGCUCCUAAAACACUCAAUUUAGUGGUCAAAGCUGCUAAAUUUGUAUGUUUUGAUUAGAGUUUAACGUGCCUACAGUGAAGCUAAAAAAAGUUCUUUGUUGAUUAUGUACUUUUACUCUCAUUUUUAUAUCAUUUUAUUUAAUUAAUAAUAAUUAUAUAAAUGGUAAUUUAUUUAUACAUCUAAUCAUGUUUUUUAUUUUUAUUUUAUUUUUUUAUUAACCCCUUACAGGGUACUCGUUUCACACAUUGGCUGCCAGUGACGGCGCUAGACAUCCAAUCCAUCCACUUAAACGUAAGCCUUCAGUUGGCUAGUGGUCAAUUAAUGUAUAGUUUUAUGUUCAAUAAUGAAUGUGUGUAUUUAGAAUAGAAUAGAAUAGAAUGCAUUUAUUGUCAUUACACAAAGUGUUAUGAAAUUCAAAGCUGCUGUAUAUAUAUUAGGGCUGUCAAAAUUAUCGCGUUAACGGUCGGUAAUUAAUUAUUCAAAUUAAUCACGUUAAAAUAUUUGACGCAUUUAACGCACAUGCCCUGCUUAAACAGAUUAAAAUGACAGCACGGUGUCAUGUCCACUUGUUACUUGUGUUUUUUGGGGUUUUAUCGCACUCUGCUGGCGCUUGGGUGCGACUGAUUUUAUGGGUUUCAGCACCAUGAGCGUUGUGUAAUUAUUGACAUCAACAAUGGCGAGCUACUAGUUUAUUUUUUGAUUGAAAAUUUUACAAAUUUUAUUAAAACGAAAACAUAAGGAGGGGUUUUAAUAUUAAAUUUCUAUAACUUGUGCUAAUAUUUAUCUUUUAAGAACUACAAGUCUUUCUAUCCAUGGAUCGCUUUAACAGAAUGUUAAUAAUGUUAAUGCCAGCUUGUUGAUUUAUUGUUGUAAUAAACAAAUACAGUACUUAUGUACAGUAUGUUGAAUCUAUAUAUAUUAGGACUGUCAAAAUUAUCGCGUUAACGGGUGGUAAAUAAUUAUUUAAGUUAAUCACGUUAAAAUAUUUGACGCAUUUAACGCAACAUGCCCCGCUUACACAGAUUAAAAUGACAGCACAGUGUCAUGUCCACUUGUUACUUGUGUUUUUUGGUGUUUUAUCGCUCUCUGCUGGCGCUUGGGUGCGACUGAUUUUAUGGGUUUGAGCACCAUGAGCAUUGUGUAAUUAUUGACAUCAACAAUGGCGAGCUACUAGUUUAUUUUUUUGAUUGAAAAUUUUACAAAUUUUAUUAAAACCAAAACAUUAAGAGGGGUUUUAAUAUAUAAUUUCUAUAACUUGUGGUAAUAUUUAUCUUUUAAGAAUUACAAGUCUUUCUAUCUAUGGAUCGCUUUAACAAUGUUAAUAAUGUUAAUGCCAUCUUGUUGAUUUAUCGUUAUAAUAAACAAAUACAGUACUUAUGUAGCAUAUGUUGAAUGUAUAUAUCAGUCUUGUGUCUUAUCUUUCCAUUCCAACGAUAAUUUACCGAAAAAUAUGGCAUAUUUUAUAGAUGGUUUGAAUUGCGAUUUAUUACGAUUAAUUUUUAAGCUGUGAUUAACUCGAUUAAAAAUCUUAAUCGUUUGACAGCCCUAAUAUAUAUACUUUAUAUAUUUAUAAUGCUGAAUUAAACCGAUAAAACCGAGCAAAUGUUAUUGACUGGACUGGAUAUUGUUUGAAUUUGCAAAAACGUAGUUUGAGCUCAUCCAAAAAAAUGCAAUUAAGUGAAGAAAAACAAUUAUUUCACAUGAUGUAUUAUUUUAAAUCCACAGAACACGGCCUGAGAUGGUUGAACAAACAGCAUUAAGAUUUUGAAUGGGUCUAGUUUUGAAUAUGAGAAAUUGUGUUUAAUUAAUUUUAAUAAUUCUUUUAAUUAGACAGUGUAAAACAAGAUAUUAUCUAUAAUUUCAUGAGAUUUUUUUCAUACAGUGAUAGGACAGUGAUAGUAAAUAAUGAUUUAGAAUCCAAUUUAAUGCUAGAAUUAUGUCAUUUCUGCCUACAGAAUGCACUUUUUCUAGUUCUAUUAAUUUCUCAUGAAGUAAAUUGGGAUAUUUCAAGCUGAUUUCUAGCAUUGGCAGGACAAAUCUGACGACUUUUUCACAUUUUGUCUCUGCCAGUGGUCACGCAGAGACUAAAGAACCAAAACAGGAAGUGGAGGACGCCCGGCACUUCCUGUCUUAGAGGAUGACGCAGCAGCAUUUGGCCGGGUAAUUGUCGGCGCUGACUUGCUGCUCGUUGCCAAACACGUAAAACACGUGAGAGUCGCCUUUCCACUUGUAGCUCACUUUGGUGAUCGGGAUCAACUCCACCGUUUGCCUCUGCGUACAAAAACAAAAAACACACAUGCAUUACCUAAAGCCAUAAAAUAGAACGUCGCGGGCAGACACUCCAAAAAAAAAAAGUGACAAAAUAACAAAACGCCAUAGACAAAAAUGUACUGUGCCGUGUAUAAUUGAGAAAAAUACACAAAUACAUGAACAAAAAACAUACAAAAGGUAGAUUUGUGCCUUUAUGUUUUAAUUAAAAAAAAGUUGCUUUCAAUCAAUCCAAAACAAAAAAAAAAGUCAGUUAAAUCCCCCCCAAAAAUUCAAUCAUAGGAAAAAAGUGAGUGUACAAAUAAAUUUGAGACUUAAAAAAAAUGCAUUUGAACAGCACUUUUCUUUGAUCAAAAAUGUUUUUUUUUUUUUUUUUUUUUUUUUUUUUUGGAUUGAAGUUUUUUUUUUCUUAAUUAAAACAACCUUUUUGAUUUAAGUAAUGUUUUUGAUUGGGUGAUAUUUUGAGUAGGAUAUUUUUGUCUUUCUUUUUGUGUUCAAAUCAUAAUUAUAAUAGUUCAAUCAAAAAAUAAAAUACUUAGAAAAAAAAAUUCAGUCCCAAAAAAAAUUUAAUCAUAGAAAAAACGUUUUGGAAUGCAAAAAAAAAAACAAAAUAUUUGAGACUCAAAAAUUUGAAUUUGAACACUUAGUUUUUAUUUGAAAAUGUUUUCUUUGAAUGAAGCAAUACUUUUUGUGUAUGGGCCGAAUUACAAUUAGGAAAUUUGUGUCUAAAUCAUUCAAUCCCCCUAAAAAGUUGCUUCAUUCCCCAAAAAAUAUUUUCAAUCAAAGAAAAAACUCAAAUGCAAAAAUAACUCGUCCCUGAAGGCGCGACGUACCUGCUGCAGGAUCCUGGAGUUCUGCGCGUACUUGGCCUGGUGCUCUUGCACCAGACGCGCCGACGCCUCGCCAAUGGCUGGGUGGGGGAAGCCCAUCAGAGGGUAAACCUUAGACGACAAACCAAAAAAACUAGACGCAUUUCUGAGAUUCUCUAAAAGCCCAAAAGAUGGCACCAAAGAGAAGGGUGGUUUUCCAUGCAUUUUCAUGGUUGUUUUAGGUUUGUUUUCAUGUUUAUGGCCAUGCAAGUUGGUGGAUCACAAUUUUUCAAUUUUUCAUGACCUGUGAGAACCCUAGUCUUAUGUGUACGUACCAAGUACUGGUUGUUCUUGAAAAGCUCCUUGCCGCUAACUGAGCGCAGGUCAUCGAGCGUCAAGCCACUGUUCUGCUCCACCAAGUGAUCUUCCACGUUGUUCGUCCUGUCGCAUAAACAUACAAUGGAAGACCAACGCUACCAAAAUUUAAAAAAAUAAAUAGAUAAAAAAGACUCAAUAAAAAAUAAGAAAUGAUAUUAUUGGUUGGUUUGUAGGUAUUAAUUAGGGUUGUUCCGAUCAUGUUUUUUUUGCUCCCGAUCCGAUCACGAUCGUUUUAGUAUCUGCCGAUCCCGAUAUUUCCCGAUCCGAUUGCUUUUUUUUUGCUCCCGAUUCAAUUCCAAUCAUUCCCGAUAAUUUUUCCCGAUCAUAUACAUUUUAGCAAUGCAUUAAGAAAAAAAUGACGAAUAUAUACAUUCAACAUACAGUACAUAAGUACUGUAUUUGUUUAUUAUGACAAUAAAUCCUCAAGAUGGCAUUUACAUUAUUAACAUUCUUUCUGUGAGAGGGAUCCACGGAUAGAAAGACUUGUAAUUCUUAAAGGAUAAAUGUGACUUUGUAUAUUGUGACUAAAUAUUGCCAUCUAGUGUAUUUGUUGAGCUUUCAGUAAAUGAUACUGCAGCCAUUCAACCCAAAUGCAUGAUGGGAAGUGGAUCCAUGACUUGCGUAGUGCUACCAGUGGAUAUAUCUUCUCUGCGUUGGGAAAUAACUAGGGCUGUCAAAUGAUUAAAAUUUUUAAUCGAGUUAAUUACAGCUUAAAAAUUAAUUAAUCGUAAUUAAUCGCAAUUCAAACCAUCUAUAAAAUAUGCCUUAUUUUUCUGUAAAUUAUUGUUGGAAUGGAAAGAUAAGACACAAGAUGGAUAUAUACAUUCAAGAUACGGUACAUAGUUACUGUAUUUCUUUAUUAUAACAAUAAAUCAACAAGAUGGCAUUACCAUUAUUAACAUUAUGUUAAAGCGAUCCAUGGAUAGAAAGACUUGUAGUUCUUAAAAGAUAAAUGUUAGUACAAGUUAUAGAAAUGUCAUAUUAAAACCCCUCUUAAUGUUUUCGUUUUAAUAAAAUUUGUAAAAUUUUCAAAUCAAAAAAUAAACUAGUAGCCCGCCAUUGUUGAUGUCAAUAAUUAUUUACACAAUGCUCAUGGGUGCUGAAGCCUAUAAAAUCAGUCGCACCCAAGCGCCAGCAGAGGGCGAUAAAACUACGAAAAACACAACAAGUACACUUUCACUUUGCUGUCAUUUUAAUCUGUUUGAGCGGGGCAUUUGUGCGUUAACUGCGUGAAAUAUUUUAACGUGAUUAAUUUAAAAAAUUAAUCACCGCCCGUUAACGCAAUAAUUUUGACAGCCCUAACACAUAUAUAUAUAUAUAUAUAUAUAUAUAUAUAUAUAUAUAUAUAUAUAUAUUAGGGUUGUUCCGAUCAUGUUUUUUUGCUCUCUAUCCGUUUUAGUUUGAGUAUCUGCUGAUCCCGAUAUUUCCCGAUCCGAUUGCUUUUUUUUUUGCUCCCGAUUCAAUUCCCGAUAAUUUUUCCCGAUCAUAUACAUUUUAGCAAUGCAUUACGAAAAAAAUGAAUAAAACUCAGACAAAUAUAUACAUUCAACAUACAGUACAUAAGUACUGUAUUUGUUUAUUAUGACAAUAAAUCCUCAAGAUGGCAUUUACAUUAUUAAGAUUCUUUCUGUGAGAGGCAUCCACGGAUAGAAAGACUUGUAAUUCUUAAAGGAUAAAUGUGACUUUGUAUAUUGUGACUAAAGAUUGCCAUCUAGUGUAUUUGUUGAGCUUUCAGUAAAUGAUACUGUAGCCAUUUAACUUCUGCCCAAAUGCAUGAUGGGAAGUGCAACUUUGACUGUGCAUAGGGGCACCAAUUGAUAUAUCUUCUCUGCGUUGGGAAAGAACAUAGGGUGUUAAGAAAAUGAUCAACUACUACCUUUCUUCGCCACAUUGCGUCCCACGUUAUUUUUCCAUUGCUGAGAGAGGUAUUGUAUGGCUUUAUCCACAUAAAAAAUAGCUCCAAAGGCUGUCAAAAUUCUCUCUACUCAUUAUACGCUGCCUUUUAGCGCUAUCUAUAGGUAAAAUGGCGUCUUUAUAGAUUGAACGCGUCAAUGCGUGAGUGGGUCGUGCAGCGCAUGCGUUAAUUAUUUAACGUGAUUAAUUAAAAAAAAUUAAUUACCGCCGUUAACGCAAUAAAUUUGAUAGCCCUACUUUAAGCCAAAACUACUCUGGAUAAGUGUAAGACAUUUAAUCUGUAACGUUAAAUACAAUUAGAAAACGAUUUAAAUUUUAAAAAAUAAAAAAAAAAUAUAUAUAUAUAUAUAUUAAAAAAAGGCAUGUCUGACAUUUUUUUGCUGAUUCCGACACUUUGAAAAUGACAUGAUCCGACCCGAUCGAUCGGGAUGCAUCUUUAAUAUAAAUCAGGCCUGUCAAAAAUAACGCGUUAACGACCAUGAUUAAUCUGGAAAUAUUAACGCAUUAAAAAAAAAAAAAAAAAAAAACGCAAUUUACCGCUCACACCGCCACAACUGCCUCCCGUUUUCCCACCCGCUGAUGUUUACAUUCUCCACGCGGCAAUGAAGGACAUAAUGCAGCCAGCCACGAUGAGUGAGGAUGAUGACCAAAUUCCGUUUUAAAAAGCUGCCUAAUGGAAAUCUGGAUAAAACCAAAUGUGUGUACAUAGUUAUGUAAUGAACUGUCGUUCUAUCGAAGCUCAACCAGCCUAAAUUACCACCUUCGGGCACAGCUAGUGUUAGCAAUGACGCUAACAUUGCGGGAAACAAGCCGCAGUCAUUAAGCUACACUGGCAGAGUGCGAACUUGUCAACAAAAGACAACAAGUAGGUUGACUAUUGCUAUCGCUACAUGGGUAGACAGAGACUGUAGAGUGUAGACCCGUUAACAUAGUCGAAGACGAGGGCGUUGAAAAUCCAAUGACAACAAACAACAACGACAAACCACUAGACAGGUACAAGGCAGUGCCCCCAUAGACUCAUGUCCACUACAGUGGUGGUCUGCGCAAAGUGGUGCCCACAGUAAGCUGGCCCAUGUUAAAAAAAGUAUCUGGUCACACCUGCCACAACCGUUCCUUGCGAGAGACUGUUUUCUUUGACAGGGCACAUUGUUCAAAAGAAAAGGUCUGCCCUGUUAUCUGAAAAUGUCAACAAGCUAGUUUGCCUGAGCAUUUGGUUAAAAAAAAAAUAAGAGUAUGACUGGCUAACUUAAGCAGUUUCUAAACACCUUGACACACAGUUUAGUGUUAUGUUUUUCAGUUAAGUGUGUGAAAAUUGACAAUUAAUUUUUUUUAUAUCUCACACAGCUUUCAGGCCAUUUAGUGUAAAACUGCAAAUGCUGCAUUUAUUUGUGUGAAAUGUUCAAUUUAACAGACAAGUUGUUUACACAUUUUUUUGAAACACUAGCUAUUAUUACUGUAUUGUGCUUGUGUGCUCUUUAAAUUGGCAGUUAAUUUUGGGUAAUAUGCCAAACGGUACUUGAGCCACAUUGUUAGUCUGAGGCACUUUAAUCUGUUAAAGCUCUUUGCUGUAUCAUACAAUUUAUUUUAUUUAUUAUUUUAUACGAGCUGAGUUGUUAAAUAAAAUGUUAAAACUCUAUUUGGUUAAGUAUUAAUUCAUUCACACGUCAUGCAUUUCAUCUUAAAACAAUUUUUAAGUCAAUUAUAGUACUUUCCUAGAUUUUUUUUUCCUGAAGAGCAACUUUAUUUAUCCCAAGGGAAAUGUGAUUAAUCAUGAUUAAUCACACGGUUGACAUACUGUAUGAUUAACUAGAUUAAUUUUUUUUUAAUCGUUUGACAGCACUAAUAUAUAUACAUCAAAUUAAAAUAUGGUCACCCUAACAUAGAAUAGAUGCGAACAGCUAGCGCUGCGCUAGCGUGGACACUACUGCUUAUGGUAUUUGCUAACAACACAAGUGCUAACUAGUAAUGCUAAUCGCUAUCCGCUAAAGCUGGCGUUAGGUACUCAUAGGAUUCGGUGAUGACUAUUUCCUUAGCCGUUUUGUAAUUUUUAUUUUUCUCAGUUGACUACAAGCAAUAUUCGCUAAUAUGAACUGCAAAUGCUAACUGCUAAUGCUAAUCAUCAUCUGCGAUAGCUGGCGCUAGCUACUCAUAGGAUUUAGUGAUGAUUAGCUCAUUAGUCGUUCUGUACUUUUUGUUUUACUCGGUCGUGCACUGUCAGGCAGUAUUUGCUAAUAUGAACUCCAAAUGCUAACUGCUAAUGCUAAUCGUCGUCUGCGACAGCUGGUAUUAACUGCUCAUAGGAUUUGGUGAUGACAGGCUCGUUAGCUGUUCUGUACUUUUUCUUUUUCUCGGUUGACUACAAGCAAUAUUUGCUAAUAUGGACUGCAAAUGCUAACUGCUAAUGCUAAUAAUCAUCUGCGACAGCUGGCGUUAGCUACUCAUAGGAUUUGGUGAUGACUAGCUCAAUAGCCCUUCUGUACUUUUUGUUUUACUCUGUCGUGUACAGGCUCUAUUCGCUAAUAUGAACUGCAAAUGCUAAAUGCUAAUGCUAAUCGUCUUCUGCAACAGUUGGCGUUAGCUACUCAUUGGAUUUGGCGAUGAGUAGUUCAUUAGCCGUUGUGUACUUUUUGUUUUACUCGGUCGUGCACUGUCAGGCUGUAUUUGCUAAUAUGAACUGCAAAUACUAACUGCUAACGCUAAUUGUCACAUUCGACAGCUGGCGUUGGCGACUCGUUGGAUUUAGUGAUGACUAGCUCAUUACCCGUUCUGUACUUUUUGUUUUAUUCGGUCAUGUGCAGGCAGUAUUCGCUAUAAUGAACAGCAAGUGCUUGCAAGUGCUAAAUGCUAACACUAAUUGUCAGCUGCGACAGCUGGCGUUAUAGCUACUCGUUGGAUGGGGUGAUGACUAGCUCAUUAGCCGUUCUGUACCUUUAGUUUAACUCGGUCAUGCACAGGCAGUAGUCGCUAACAUGAACCGCAAAUGCUAAUCGCUAACACUAAUCGCUGUCUGUGACAGCUGUUAUUAGCUACUCAUAGGAUUUGGUGAUGACUAGGUCGUUAGCCGUUUUGUACUUUUUGUUUUACUCGGUCGUGCACAGGCAAUAUUCGCCAACAUAAACUGCAAAUGCUAGCCGCUAAAGCUAAUCGUCAUCUACGACAGCUGGCGUUAACCACUUGUUGUAUUUCUUGAUAACUAACUUGUUAGCCAUUAUGUAUUUUUUGUUUUACUCCGUAAUGUACCGGCAAUAUUCGCUAUUACGAACUGUAAAUGCUAAUAGCUAACGCUAAUUUUCUGCUGUGACAGCUGGCGCUAGCUACUCGUUGGUUUUGGUGAUGACUAGUUCGUUAGCCGUUUUGUAUUUUUUGUUAUACUCAGUCGUGUACAGGCUGUAUUCGCUACCAUAAACUGCAAAUGCUAACUGCUAACGCUAAUUGUCGUCGACAGCUGGUGUUAACUACUCGUACGAUUUAGUGAUGACUUGCUCGUUAGCCGUUCUCUACUUUUUGUUUAUCUUGGUUGACUACAAGCAAAAUUUGCUAUUAUGAACUACAAAUGCUAACUGCUAAUGCUAAUCAUCAUCUGCGACGGUUGGCGUUAGCUACUCAUUGGAUUUGGCGAUGACUACCUCAUUAGCUGUUCUCUACUUUUUGUUUUAUCGUGUACAUGCAGUAUUUGCUAACAUGAACUACAAAUGCUAACCGCCAAUGCUAAUCAUCUUCUGCGACAGCUGGCAUUAGCUGCUUAUUGGAUUUGGUGAUAACUACCUCAUUAGCCGUUCUGUACUUUUUGUUUUACUUGGUCUUUAGCUUGUCGAUCGCUGCACUUGAAUGUCGACUGACCAAUAAGUGAAUAUUUUUACACACAUAAGCCCGCCACCUCAUUUGAAAUCUGGCAACUCACCAUUCCACUUUGAGCUGGAUGAAAGUCAGCAGUUGUCGCUUUCCUUUACACGUGUCACAGUUCUCGUAGCCCUUCGCGUCACACUUCCUGCACCUGUCGACAUAACACGUAGUUUCUAAACGUCCAUCGCCGUCAAUGGCAGCCGACGAUUUAAGUGAAAAAUUGCGCGGUGUACAAGAAUUGCAGUACCUUUCUUUGCCUGUAGCGUUACAGCGAGAGCAGUCCUGGUCGUUAUUGGUGCCUUUGCCGUGACACACCCAGCAUGAUUUCUGAAAACAAACGUAAAAGUUUGUUUUCAGGUUGGAUGAUAGACAUCCAAUUAUGUGGUAUCCAGUCAUCUGGAUGCUGUGAAUUUAAUUUAGUUUAUUGCUAGUAGAUGUCCAAUCCACUUCAAAUGGAUUGGACGUCUAUCGCUGUCAAUGGCAGAAAUCACCCAUGGAAGGCAUAGGAUAUGUUUUUCAUAUGAAAAUGGAGGAGAUGAGUAAAUUUGGGGUCAUGAGGUCAAAGGUCACAGGGCCAAAUUGACUUUGUAUGUCUGUUUCAAGAUCAUUUAAAAACGAAAAAAAAAAAGAUUAUUAUCAAAUUUGCAUGAUAUGAUUUUAAUAUGAAACAGGAAAUUAUUAAAUUUGGAGAUAAUGAGGUCAAAGAUCACAGGACCAAAUUGCAUUUGUAUGUUUGUGUUCAAGAUAAAGCAACAACAAAUCACGGGACUUUUUUUCAACUCGCCUGUUAUUUUUGUAAUAUGAAAUGGAAACGCUGACUAAAUUUGGGGUAUUGAGGUCAAAGGUCACUUGGCCAAAUUGUAUUUGUAGCUUUGUGUUCAAGAUAAUCGACAACAAAUAAAGGGAUUAUUAUAAACUCACCGGACAUUUUUGAAUAUGAAAUGGAAACGCUAGUUAAAUUCGGGGUAGUGAGAUCAAAAGUCACUGAACCAAAUUGAAUUUGUAUAUUUGUGUUCAAGAUAAUUUAUGAAGCAAGAAAUGAUGAGGUCAAAGGUCAGCUAAAUUGAAUUUGUUUUCGUUCAAGAUAAUUUAAAAAAGUAUAAAUGGAUUAUUAACAAAUUGGCAGGAUUAAACUUGAAGUAAUGGGGUCAAAGGUCACAGGGCCAAGGUGGAUUUUUGUGUUUGUGUUAAAGAUCAUUUAAAAACGAAGAAAGAUUAUUAUCAAAUUUGCAGUAUCUUAAUAGGGGAUGAUUCAAUUUGGAGGUAAUGAGGUCAAAGGUCACAGUGCCAAAUUGAAUGCGUAUGUCUGUGUUCAAGAUGAAAACCGCUUCAUUUGUUAUUGAUUUAUCAAACUCGCAGGACAUUUUUGUAAUAUGAAAUGGAAACGCUAAUUAAAUUUGGGGUAAUGAGGUCAAAGGUCACUGGGCCAAAAUGAAUUCAUAUGUUUGUGUUCAAGAUAAACCAACAACAUAACAAGGGAUUAUUUUCAAACUCGCCAGUAAUAUGAAAUGGAAACGCUAAAUUUGGAGGUAAUAAGGUCAAAGGUCACUGAGCCAAAUUGAAUUCAUGUUUUGUGUUCAAGAUGAAUCAACAACAAAUCAAGGGAUUAUUAUCAAAGUCGCCAGACAUUUGUGUAGUAUCAAAUGGAAACGCUAAUUAAAUUUGGGGUAAUGAGGUCAAAGGUCACCGGGCCAAAUCGAAUUUGUAUAUUUGUGUUCAAGGCAACUUAUGAAGCAAGGAAUGAUAAGGUCAGAGAGCCAAAUUGAAUUUGUUUCUAAUCACGUUCAUUUAAAACAAAUGAAGGGAUUAUUAUCAAAUUUGCAGGAUUAAAUUUGGGGCUAAUGGGGUCAAAGGUCGCAGGGCCAAGGUGAAUUUUUGAGUUUGUCUUCGAGAUAACUAAAGAACAAAUAACGGGAUUGUCAUCAAACUUAAUAUAAAAUGGAAGAUGUGAUAAAUUUUGGUUUGUCAUGAGGUCAAAGGUCACAGACCACUUUGGCUCCUUUUAGGCAUAAGUCUGCUCCCUCAAACUUCCAUCUUUUUUUCAAUGUAAUACUCGCCUUAUAUGCGUAUUUGUUUCCUUCAAUUUAUUGACAGUGGGUAAAAUUUACAGAAGCCACACGUGACAUUGCGACUAAUCUAAAGCUAUUUAUUUCCACGCUAGAUGACUUACAUGUCCACUUCCAUCGCACUCCUUGCAAGGCAUUUUGCCUGUUGCGCUGCAGUCAUGACAAUCCUGUACAUACACACAAAGAGUUACACAAACACAUUUGACAACGUUGUGUAUAGCGCUGUAUCAUAUGAUAAUAAACUUUAUAUCGCCAAAAUAUAACAUUUCAUAAUUUUAGUUGGGCCCCCAUCAAAUGCAAAUUUGUAUAACAAUUAUGUCAAUUGUUUGUGCUACGUUUGUGCAGUAAAAAAAAUUCUUUGUGCUUCUAUCAUUUUAUAGAUACUGAGAUAUUAAUGUCGAGUGAUGGCGUCACUCGCAUCUUAUUCAUAUCCAACGACUGACGGAGCGUACCAACUCUCUCAAUAACAAGGGGGUGUCCCAACAACUAGCACAAACAUAGCAAAAAUUUUGCAGUCAGUGGGGGGCUUGAGAUAAUAAUUUCCAGUGACUUGUGGCCCACCACAGCGCUAGGUGUGUGGCGAUGAAAGCACGCGUACCUUUACAGAUGACGUGUAGGGUACGCGGAUUAGCUCCGUGUGAUUGGUGAACAAAUUGGGGGGCGUGGCCUGGAUCUCCCAAGGUCGAGGUGCAGUUUGGGUGUAGAAGUCAGGCAUCUCUCCUGCUCAUUCAUAGCAACCAUACUGUCAUUUAAACAGUUUACUGUAAGUGUGUGUGUCAAGUGUGUAUGCGCGUGUGUACCUUCAUGAGGUUUGUUGCCCCACUCGGUUGAUCUGGACUCGGUGAAGGUCUCCAGUCGGUACUAGUAGAAGACACAAACAUUUAUAGGUCAGUUCAGGUAAUACAUAUUUACAUGCACUCUUUCAGUGCAAUUGAGAAUGGUAGAUGUCAAUGAUAGAUGAAUGCGGGUUUACCUAACCACAUGUGGUAGAGGUUUGAUCAAAUCUAACCGCAUGUGGUUGAAUUGGAGAAUUUCCAUCAGCUAGCAAAUCCAAAUCAGAUCCGUAAGAGGGCAGUUGAACCACUUUUAUUUGUUAGAUGGGUACGUUUUGUAUUUGCAAACAUUUGCUAAAUGCAUUAUUUUUUUAAUGGUAGUUUUUAUGUGCAAACCAGUUUAUUUAGUUUCGGCAUGAGAAAAAUAUCAGGACAGGAAAUGAAAAGUAAAGAAAAUUUGAAAAGUUGGGCCAGAACAAAGUCAAAAUGAAGUUAUCAAGUAGGGCAAAAAUAUUGGGACAGUAGGUGAAAAGUGGAGACAAUUUGCAAAAUCGGAUAAAAAUAUUCAGACAGGAAGUGAGAAGUAAAGAAAAAUAUUGGGACAGGAAGAGUAAAAAAAAAGAAAAAAAAAAAUUGGACAAAAAUAUUUAGUCAGGGGGUGAAACGUGAAGAAAAUUUGGUUAAUUGGACAGAAAUAUUGGGACAGGAAGUGAAAAGUGAAGAAAAUUUGGCAAGUUGGGAAAAAAAAACACCGUGGGAAAGGAAGUCAAAGGUAAAAUUUGCAUGUAGGACAAAAUAAAGUUGGCAUUUAGUUAAAAAAUAUUCAGACUGGAAGUGAGAAAUAAAGAAAAAAUAUUGGGACAGGAAGUGAAGAGUAAAGAAAAUUUGGCAAGUUGGACAAAAAUAUUCAGACAAGAAAUUAAAAGUAAAGACAAUGUGGAAAUUUGGACAAAAAUAUUCAGAGAGGAAGUAAGACGUAAAGACAAGUAUUGGGACAGGAAGGGAAGAGUAAAGAAAAGUUGGCAAGUCGGACACAAAAAUAUUUAGACAGGAAGUGAAAAAAACGGGUAACUGGACAUAAAAAUAUUGGGACAGGAAGUAAAAAGUCAAGAAAAGGUGGCAAGUUGGACACAAAAAUAGAGAGACAGCGAGAACGAAAAGCGAUAUUUGGUUGAUUUUGCCAUGUGGCAUUUUUUUGCCAUGUUGCAUUUUUUUUUGGUAUGUGGCAAAAUGGAUUUUGGCAUGUGGCAUUUUUUUUGGGUAUGUGGCAAAAUGGAUUUUGGCAUGUGGCAUUUUUUUCUCAUAAAGCAAAAUGGAUUUUGGCAUGUGGCUUUUUUUUUUUUUUGCCUUGUGGCAUUUUUUUUGGUAUGUAGCAAAAUGGAUUAUGACAUGUGGCAUUUUUUUGCCAUUUGGCAAAAUGGAUUUUGGCAUGUGGCAUUUUUUUGCCAUGUGGCAAAAUGGAUUUUGGCAUGUGGCAUUUUUUGCCAUGUGGCAAAAUGGAUUUGGGGAUGUGGCAUUUUUUUGUAUGUGGCAAAAUGGAUUUUAGCAUGGGCAUUUUUUUGCCAUGUGGCAUUUUUUUGCCUUGUGGCAAAAUGGACUUUGGCAUAUGGCAUUUUUUUCGCCAUGUGGUAUUUUUGUUUUGGUAUGUGGCGAAAUGGAUUUUGGCAUGUGGCAUUUCUUUUUUUUUUUGCCAUGUGGCUUUUUUUUGGGAUGUGGCAAAAUGGAUUUUGGCAUGUGGCAUUUUAUUUUGCUAUGUGGCAAAAUGGAUUUUGGCAUGUGGCAUUUGUGUUUUUGCCAUGUGGCUUUUUUUUUGGGGGGGGUAUAUGGCAAAAUGGAUUUUGGCAUGUGGCAUUUUAUUUUGCUAUGUGGCAAAAUGGAUUUUGGCAUGUGGCAUUUGUUUUUUUGCCAUGUGGCUUUUUUUUUUUUUUUUUUGGGUAUAUGGCAAAAUGGAUUUUGGCAUGUGGCAUUUUAUUUUGCUAUGUGGCAAAAUGGAUUUUGGCAUGUGGCAUUUUUUUUUUUUUUGCCAUGUGGCUUUUUUUUUUUUUUUUUGGUAUGUGGCAAAAUGGAUUUUGGCAUGUGGCACUUUUUUUGGGUAUGUGGCAAAAUGUAUUUUGGCAUGAGGCAUUUUUUUCUCAUGAAGCAAAAUGGAUUUUGGCAUGUGGCAUUUUUUUUUUGCCUUGUGGCAUUUUUUUGGUAUGUAGCAAAAUGGAUUAUGACAUGUGGCAUUUUUUUGCCAUUUGGAAAAAUGGAUUUUGGCAUGUGGCAUUUUUUUGCCUUGUGGCAAAAUGGAUUUUGGCAUGUGGCAUUUUUUGCCAUGUGGCAUUUUUUUUGUAUGUGGCAAAAUGGAUUUUAGCAUGGGCAUUUUUUUGCCUUGUUGCAAAAUGGACUUUGGCAUAUGGCAUUUUUUUCGCCAUGUAUUUUUUUUUGGUAUGUGGCGAAAUGGAUUUUGGCAUGUGGCAUUUUUUGGCAUGUGGUGAAAUGGAUUUUGGCAUGUGGCAUUUCUUUUUUUUUGCCAUGUGGCAUUUUUUUCUUUUUUUUUUGGUAUGUGGCAAAAUGGAUUUUGGCAUGUGGCAUUUUAUUUUGCUAUGUGGCAAAAUGUAUUUUGGCAUGUGGCAUUGUUGCCAUGUGGCAUUUCUUUGUUAUUUUGCCACAUGCCAAAUAAAACUUUCAUUCUUGACCCUGCAGCAAAAAUAUUCGGAAAGGAAAUGAAAAGAAAAUUUGGACAAAAAAAAUACUUGGACAUGAAGUCAAAAGUAAAGAAAAUUUGGACACAAACAUCGGGACAGGAAGUGAGAAGACAUGGUAAAUUAGCAUUUAUGCUAACCCUGUAAGUGUUGAACGGCUCCAUCUGCGUGAUAACGCCGUCCGUGGCGGGCGCUUUGCUAUAGCAGCAGUUGGACGCGGCGAAGCUCUUGAAUGCCUCGCGGGCCACGUCCUCGGACAACGACGGAAUGCUGUCGCACACAAACGCGUUUCCAUGAAAUGUUUUGGAUGCGCAUCACGCAGUGGGUAAUCGGAGGACUCUCACCUCCAGUCCUCGGGCUCGGGGCCCGGUUGGGGCGGGGCCACCGGCUCGGUGGGCAUGGGGGGUGGCAGGAAACCUGAACACACAAAAUAAAACAGGAUUUUAGAGCGUUGCUAGAAAGUUGUUUUUUAAUGAAUUUUGCCAUCUCACCUCCACCACCUUGACCCAUGCCCUCAUAGCCGGGCAUGUUGUUGAACAUGUCAGUGGGUGUGGCCAAAGGAGGGUACACUGAAACGUAAUAAAUAAAAUGAGUUAAUCAUGAGUACGUAUUGAAUUCAUUUGAAGUGGCAAGUUUGAUAUUGAAUGAUUCACUGCCACCCAUCCGAUUUAAAUUGGAUUGGACGUCCAGUGCUGCCAAGGGCAGACAACGAGCUAACAAUGCAAAAGUAUCCUUCGUUGCCCGCAAAUCAGCAGGAAGUGACCCUAAAAUAUGAACCAAUAUGAACAGGACGUGCCCCAGUGUAGCCCCCGAAUCUAUAUUUAGUGACUUGAUAUUUUCAGAAAGUAACCCCGAAUUACGCCCAAAUCAACAGGAAGUGACCCGGAAUAAACAGGAAGUGACCCUGACAUCACCAAAAUCAACAGGAACUGCUCCCCAAAUUAACAGAAGUUCCCCAAAGCAAUAGGAAGGGACCUGGAUUACCCCCAAAUCAAUAGGUGGUGACCCCAAAAUCAACAGGAAGUGACCCGAUAUGAACAGGAAGUGAUCCUGACAUCACCGAUAUCAGCAAGAAAUGCCCCCAAAUCAACCUGUAUCAACAGGAAGUGACUCAAUAUGAACAGGACGUGCCCCAGUGUAGCCCUUGAAUCAAUAUUUAGUGACUUGAUAUCAUCAGAAAGUGACCCCGAAUUACGCCCAAGUCAACAGGAAGUGACCCGAUAAAAAACAGGAAGUGACCCUGACAUCACCAAAAUCAACAGGAACUCCUCUCCAAAUCAACAGAAAGUUCCCCAAAGCAAUAGGAAGUGACCUGGAUUACCGCCAAAUCAAUAGGUGGUGACCCCAAAAUGCCCCAAAAUCAACAGGAAGUGACCCGAUAUGAACAGGAAGUGAUCCUGACAUCACCAAAAUCAACACGAACUGCUCCCAAAAAUCAACAGAAAGUUCCCAAAAGCAAUAGGAAGGGACCUGGAUUACCCCCAAAUUAAUAGGUGGUGACCCCAUAAUGCCCCAAAAUCAACAGGAAAUGAUCCGAUAUGAACAGGAAGCGACCCUGACAUCACCAAAAUCAACGGGAACUGCCCCCCAAAUCAACGGGAAGUUCCCCAAAGCAACAGGAAGUGACCUGAAAUACCCCCAAAUUAAUAGGUGACCACAAAAUGCCCCAAAAUCAACAGGAAGUGACCCGAUAUGAACAGGAAGUGACCCCGACAUCGCCGAAAUCGACGGGAACUGCGGUUCCAAAUCAACAGGAAGUUCCCCGAUAUCAACAGGAAGUGACCCGACAUCAACAGGAUGUGAGCUGAUAUCAACAGGAAGUGACUCUGAUAUGCCUCAGACUCAACAGGAAGUGCCCCUGUACAGGCAGGCCAUACAGUCCCAGCCCAGCUGCCCCUUGAUUUUAAUGCAUCACACACCAAGGUUGUGGGAUGGAUGGGACAUGUUGGGGGGGUGACAUCACGGUUAUGUCCUCAAUGCAGGCCCCGCCUUUCCCGCACCUUUUUUUAACGCACCACACACGUCGUACUCCCGGGGGAGCUCCAGCAAAGGGUGGUGGGACGGGUGGCUGGGUAAAAAUUCCAUGCGGUAAUGGCUGCCAGUUGGGGACAUGGCAGCCACAGAAAUAGGGUGGUAGGUGGGUCCCACACUUUUUCUCUAUAACGUAGCGCUAUGCGGUUGCGGCUGUGGCUCGUGGGCCGGGUGGGCGGACGGGGUAAGGGUUUGUGGGGCGUUCCGUUCUCCCAUCCCUGAAUGCCGGUUGAUGGGGGCGCGGGUGGCCCGGGACACCACCCUGGAUCCCUGGGGGGUGAUGAUGGCCCCUUUGCUGGGCUGUGGGAUGGGCUGCACUGGCGUCCAUAAAGGAAACUUAAGUAAAGGAGAUGAAACAAAGCCUCGGGUUUCACAAUUAAGGUCCACUUUGGCGUUCAGAAAUUCAAUCCGUGUGUGAAUUCCUCCGUAGGUUCGCACGCACGCACCCACGUAUACGCCUGCUGCAGCUGUCUUUGCCAAUCACUCCCUCCCUCCCUCAUUCUUUACAAUAAUGACAGCUCACUCAGUUUUCUUUUCAACAUCCCAAAACUACUACAAUUACAACCAACAAAAUACAGGCACAUCAAACUGAUUUUUGAACAGCCACCGUUUAAACAUUAACACUGGGCAUAGAAAAUGGGCUGAUCACGAGAAAAAUAUUAACCGCUUGAGUUUCCAUUGAACAACUAUGUAUACAUCAAAAAAUUAUAUGACAAUAGUAAUAUGAAUAAAACCAACAGAAAAUAGAAAAAUCACACUGAAAAUUAAUUCUAAGUCAAAUUAAUAAAAAGAAAAAGAAUGUAGGAAAUUAAUUCAAAAUAAAACAUAAAAAAAAAAAUAGAUUAAAAAUGGAGGAAAAUAUCGAAUUACAAAUACGUAAUUAAUA